CAGGUGCGCCGCAGGUCCGAGUCGCCCACCGCUCCGCUCCGCUUUUGCGUCAACAACCCCGAGAGUGCGUCCGGUGCUGCCUCGCGUUCCGUCCGAACCGAAGCAUGCUCACUUAAGGGCCGGACACGCGCGCCCACAACACAGCGACAAUGCCAAGGAAACAUUAUUUGCCAAAUAUCAUGGAAGCGCUCGCGGUCGUCACUGUGCUCAAGAUGCUCUCUAGUGCCCAAACCACAUGCAACGGUGGAGUGGGCCGAUUGGUGUUUGAACGGUUGCUUGACCAGCAACUGCAAGGAUUCGACGACGAUACGGUAAAGGACACGUCACCGCCGUUGCGCGUGCUGCAGCGGUGCCAGGAGCUGUGCAUCCGCGACCGGACGGCCGUCAACAAUUUGGUCCGCACGUGCAGCAGCUUCGAUUUCCAGCCGGGCAGCAGGAUCGUGAGUCCGCCGAACCCGUACAACGGCGGCCCUCCGCAGAACAUGGCGCCCGAGUACACCGAGUCGACCUGCUACCUGACCAGGGAGCAGGCCGCCCCCGACGGCAUCGGCAACAUGCAACUCGUGCCCAACUCGUACCACUUCAAUGAGAUUUGCAUUUCCUCAAGCCGAAUCGAACUAGACUGCCCGAAUAUGCGUUACGUUGUCGAGCGGUUCGAAAGGAAAAUGCUGAAAUUGCCGACUGGAGCGGGAGCGAAGGAGGUGCAAGCGGCCAACAGGGCAGACUGCGAGGAAAAAUGCUUGAAUGAAAUGAGCAUGGUUUGUCGCUCAGCGACCUUCAAUUUCGCAACAAAAACAUGCUCCAUGAGCAAAUUCACGCGCAGAACGCGACCUGAGGCCUUUGAAGAUAACCCCGGAACGGUUUACCUCGAGAACGUUUGCCUCAAUCGUGAAAGACGUUGCGACGGACAAAUCGUGUUUAUCAGAGAGGAGAACGUCAAGUUGGGAGGCCCCCACGAGAUGGAGGUGUUUUUCAACCUGACCCUGGACGAAUGCCAAUCUCACUGUCUCAAAGCCGAAAAUGGUCCUAGGUACUUCUGCCGCUCAGUGCAAUACCACGAAAGAUCGGGCGAAUGCAUUCUUUCCGACGAGGACUCAAUUUCGCAGCGAGAGCAACUCAAAUCGGCCACGGGACACCUGCCGCCUCCUCCGGGCGUUGCGUCUGCGCACCGCUCUAUCGGACGCCAGGGAGAAAACUACCAAUCGAACAGCCCGCACUUGUUCUUCGACCUCGUCUGCCUCGAAAGCUCUAAAUUAUUGACCCGUGAAAUGGUGGCAGCGCAAGGCAACGAGGUGCGCCACCCCGGCGAGACGUCGCACCUGUUUUCGGACCGUCGUCCGGACACGGCGUUCCAGCGGUACCGCAACAGUCGUCUGGCGGGCGAGUUCCACUCGGAGAUCACCGGACGCUCGCUGGCCGAGUGUCUGGACGAGUGUCUGCGUCAGACGAGCUUCCAGUGCCGGUCGGCCGUGUACAGCGAGCGCUUCCGCACGUGCCGGCUCAGCCGCUUCAACCAGAAGGACGGCUACAGGGUCAUCUACGACGCCGACUACGACUACUACGAGAACCUGAUGAACGUCGGCCCCAAACCUGAGGGCAGCAGCAAUACCCUGGACACGCACCGGCCGGCCGCCUCGCAAAUAUUAGGUGGAGGCGGCGUGUACCCGGUGGGCGGCAGUGCGAGCGGCGGCUACGGCGGCGCGGCCUCCGGAGGUUCGUACGGCGGCAGCGCCGGAAUCUACGGCGGAAGCGGUGGCCUAGGAGGUGGAGGCGGAUAUUCCUCCGGAGGCGGUUAUUCAGGUUCCUCCGGGGGCGGAUAUUCUGGCUCCUCUGGAGGCGGCUACUCCGGUUCCUCCGGGGGCGGCUAUUACGGAGGCAGUGGCGGAGGCGGAGGCGGAUUCGCACAGGGCGGAAGCUACGGCUUCGGAGGCGGCGGUGGAGGCGUCGGAGGCGGCUACCCUGGUGGUUACCCUGGCGGCGGCGGCGGUGUCCGACCCAUUCCAGCCAUCCCGCCGUACCAAGCAGGCCCACCGCCGCCCCCGUUCAGCGGAGGCAGCAACCUUCUCGGCGGCGCGUACGGCGGGGCCCCGGCGGCCCCGUUCCCUCCUGCAGCCCCCGGAUACGGGGGCGGCAUCGGAGGCCACCCUGCCGCCGGCGACUCCUUCUACGGCGGCGGCGGAGCAGCAGCACCAUUUGGACCGCCCAGGCCAAUCAAAUGCGACGACCAGGGAGACUCCUUCAGACAGGUUGGUGUUCGCAUGAGGAUGCGACAGAACUUCAUCAGACGGUUUACGUCGGCUCCUUCGCUGCUCAUGUGCGAGAGGGCGUGCGUGGACGUUCACGACUUUAUGUGCAGAUCUUUCAACUACAGAGCGCCUGCUCAUUAUUCCGACCGUGACAACUGCGAACUGAGCGACCGAGAUUCUCGCGAGCUGGACCACACCAAUCCAAUGUUCUUCGAGCAAACCGGCGACUCGGACUUUUACGAGCGCUUCGGAGGUGGACGCGCCGGCGGCGACUGUCUCGACGUGAAGCAGGAGUGCAGCGAGGACGGGAUGGAGUUCACGCUGAGGACGACGGAGCCGUUCGUGGGUCGAAUCUACACGUACGGCUUCUACGACCGGUGCUUCUUCCGCGGCAACGGCGGCACGACCAACGUGCUGCGCAUCAGCGGCGCUCAGGGCUACCCUGACUGCGGCACGCAGCGGUUCGAUUCAAGGGGAUUGAGAUACGACUCGCACCACGGCGGCCAGCACUUCCGCCCGCCAGGGGCCCCUUACGGCCCCGUCGGGCCCUACGGCCCAGCCGGACCCUACGGUCCGGGCCAGUACGGCCCUCAGGGCCCAGGACAGUACGGCGGUGGAUACGGGGGGUACGGGGGUGCACCGGGGGGCCCGCAAAACCACCCUGGAGGGCAGCAUCCGCUCGGCGACAUGAUGACCAACAUCGUGGUCGUGCAGUUCAGCGACUACGUCCAGACGGCAAGGGACAAGCGCUACAACCUGACCUGCGUCUUCCGCGGCCCAGGUGAAGCGGUCGUCACCUCCGGAUACAUCGGAGCGGGCAGUUCUGGCAGUCCGAUCCCAAUCGAGUAUUUGCCGGCGGAAAACUCGCUGAGCUCGCGGGUGCGUCUGCUAAUCCUGUACCAGGGCAGACCUACUACUACCAUCGCCGUCGGAGACCCGCUUACCUUCCGCCUCGAGGCCCAGGAUGGAUACAACUACGCGCAGGACAUUUUCGCCACAAACGUCAUCGCGCGCGACCCCUACACCGGACGCUCCGUCCAACUAAUUGAUAGAUACGGAUGCCCUGUGGACAACUUCGUCUUCCCGGGACUGGACAGGUCCAGAGAAGGAGACGGGUUGGAGGCCAGAUUCAACGCGUUUAAAAUUCCAGAGUCAAACUUCCUGCUGUUUGAAGCCACCGUCCGCACUUGCAGAGGAGGAUGCCAGCCGGCUUACUGCACUGGACAAGCGGGCAGGAGCGACGCGUCGUUCGGCAGACGGCGUCGAGACGUGAACGGCACCGUCGAGAAAGACCUGGUUGCCGAGAACAACAACGGCACCGAGCAAGGCGAAGAGGAGCACGUGCGCGAGAUGAUCAAGGUGCUGGAGAACCGGCAGGACAUGACGGCGGCGGAGAGCGGCGUCGCCGCGCAGGCCUCCGUCGGGCUGCUCACGGACGCUGUUUGCCUCACCACUGGCGAGUACUACGGACUCAUCAGCGCCGUCAUCAUCAUCCUCAUCGCCCUGCUGGCCACCGCCGGCAUCGCGGCACUUGCUUACAGGCGCUACUGGAACGUAGAAAUGAAAAAUGUGGCGGCGGACAGGACGUCAUCUAACAACUUCACCACGUGUCCCAGAAACCACGAGUCUGUCACGUCUCGCACGGUCAGCGGGAGCAACUUCAGCUUCAUGAUUCCCAACUUUGCUCGCAGCGCUUCCAGGGAUGACGAUUGCAGUUCGACCGCACCGGUGGUGACCGUGAACGGGAGCCGACCGACUUUCGACGACCCGAGCGAGCCGAUUUACACGGACCCGUCGCUGUUCGAGCGUUCACGCAGUCUGCGCAGCAUCGCGGCGUCGCAGGCGGCCGUCGUGCAGCUGCAGCGCUCGUGACUUGCUUUUCGCGGAAGCCAGCCCGCGCGAAUUGGACUUCAAAAUUAUUUUGCGACACAGCAGUGACGAGAGCUAGAGCCGAAACUGACGCGCAGUGAUUUUAGUCCCUAAAAAGAAUUAAAAGAAAGAAAGAAAGAAAGAGAUGACUUUUGCGAGUGCAAAAACAACGGUGGUGGGUUACAAAAGAAGAGGAAAAAAUCAACCUCGGGAUUAUAUAUUUUUUUUUCACUCACUGAAUUUUGAGACGUGCGCAUGCCAGGUAGAUAGAUAACGAGGGCCACUCCGAAAUUGCUGGUGCAACGCAAGUGCCCGCCCGCGCGCGCGCGCGUGGCACUCUAAUUUUGUCCUUCUUCAGACCAGUUCCAGGCCGCUCCUUAUCUAGCUCAACAGCACGCACAUUCUUUUUUUGUGGCGGAUUUUUUAAAUCAUUUUCACUUCAUCAUUCGUUUUUGCUUUCCCCUGAAUUUAGGCAGAGGAAAGCGCUUUUUGCUAGUGCGCGCCGUAUGAUUUAAUAUUAAUUGAAAAUGAUGAUUUUUAGUUCGUUUCCAUAGAGGUUUGGGUUAAGUACAAAAUUAUAAAUUUAAACAUAAUUAUCGCAUUUUAUAACAAGCGGUGGAGGGAGAUUUAGGUUAGCAACACAACAUAAUCAUAUCCUAAAUGUAAUUUAUUGUAUAAUCGACGGACAUUUUCCCUGUGUCAUUUUCGUGCUAGCUGCAUCUUUUGAUAAUUUGUAAUGAAUGUUGUAUAUUUUACAAAUAAAUAUAGCGACUUGAUUGA